AUGGUGCUGGAGAAGAGUUUGCAAGAAGUUAUCGUCGAGACGAACUCUACCUUAGCUGAAGAAUUGCUCAACAAAGGGCCAUCUACAAAUUGCCCUUUCAGAACCAUAAUGGAGGACUCCAGACACCUAAUUCACAGGUGUAACUGUUCUAUUCAACAUAUCCUACAAGAGGGCAACAAAUGUGCAGAUAUGUUAACUAACAUGGGAGCUGACCAAAUGGAACCAUUGGUGGUGGUGGAAGAACCACCUAUUGCUGUUAGAAGCCAAAUUGUGGCUGAUAUGGUAAGGAUGUCAUAUCGAAGAAUCUAA